ACAUCCCGAGCCGUCAGCUCACCACUUCCUCUGGCUGCUGCGAAACUUCUCAGGCGGCGGCGGCGGCGCGGGACUGUGGCCGGGGCAGCGCCCCGGGGAGCGGCAGGCACUGACCGGAGCUGCUGCUGGGUUCCAUUUGCCUUCCCUCAGGGCUGAAAGCCCAGCAAGGGGACCGCACCAGCCACAGGUGGGGAGAACAGGUGCCCAGCCAGCCAACUGCAAUGGAGCAGGUCAGCUCCUUCUUUGACUCACUCUGGAAUCUCAUUCACACCAAGCACCAGGAAGGCAUUUUCAACACCAUCUGCCUGGCAGUGCUGUUGGGGCUGCCCGUCCUUGUCCUCCUCGUCCUCCUCGUCAUCUGCUGUCACUGCUGCUUCUGUAGACAGCAGACCAAAGGCAGCAUCAACAGCAGCAGCAGCAAUGGGCAGGUCCCAGCAGAGAGGAACAAAAAGAGGAAAAAGAAGGGUGAAGAGGACCUGUGGAUCUCGGCUCAGCCCAAGCUCCUCCUGCUGGACAAGACACCAUCGCUGCCUGUCUAGUCGGAGGGACGGAGCCAAGACCCUCCUCCCCAGGGAGCCCUUCUGGCCACGUGCUGCAAGGAGAUGUUGUGAUGGCUCCGUCUCUUUUGAUAAUGACUUUAAAACCAGGACUUUCAGGACAAGCCAGAAACUAGUGAGAGCACGGAGACAUCACGAGAAGGCACGCAGUCCAGCAUAUCUUUACAUGCACACCCAGAACUGGACUAGGCAGCUUGCUCCAGGACACACACAUCCAUGUGCACAAGGACGUGCAUGCGCUCACAUGUACAAGCAUUCACGCAGCUAUGAGCACAUGGAUAUUCACCUUCAUGUGCACAACAUACCUGCACUCCCAUGCAAAUGAACCCAAUGUCACGUGCACAAAGCCAUGCGUGCCCAGGGAUGUGCACCCCGACAGGCACAUGAACAUACAUGUACACAAGAACAUAUACGCAUGCACUUGAAAACUAACCCACCCUGGCACUCCUCUGCACACGCACGGGCUCUUGCUCCUGCACAGACAUGAACACAUGGUUACAGCACAAUGAAAAGGGUUUUCCUUCACAUCCUGGCAAGCUAUUGCUUCACAACUCCUGAAGACACAGGUAUCCAGCCCACUGCUGGAGCUUCCCAUGGGGCUUCCUAACCCAGCCCUGCCUUACAGGCCAAAAGACGCUCCCCCAAGGCAGCAAAGCAGCCACCCCUAUUGCUGGCAGCCACCCCCAUAACAGAGGAUGGCAAGAACAGAUCAAAAGUGGCACAGUAAGAGACUGAAACCUUUGCACUGGCACUAUAAAGCCCGUCUAAGACUGGCCUUGGUACAGACUGGUCCUUUGGCAGCUUGUUCUGCUGCAGAGAAGGUGGCUUCAUUUCUAUACAGCAGCGAGAGAGAAGACUCCAGCUAAUUCUGCACAGAAGCUUGGCUCCAGCAUUAGAGUUAUUUAUUUAAUGACUACUAGAAAGGGUUCAUUCAUGGAACCCAUGUAUACUAGUCGGGCCCCGGAACAUUGACUCCAUGCAAUAACUUAGGCCAUGCACCCCCCCGGCACGCUAGACACACACGCAGGCAGAGCCACACUCCCACAGACACACAGGCAUGCCCAUGUAGCACACCCAGACAGUGGUACACACAAAUGGGCACACACAGGGAGUAGCUCCUGCCAUCCAGCUGUGCCGCUGGUCCAGGGAGCACUGCAAGGGCAGCUGGCUCUGGAAUACAGCACGAAGACAUAGAAGGGAGCCUGAAAUCCAGAUACACUUCGUACCUCCUGCCCCAUCCCGCCCUAAGAGACAUUGUCCCAGACAGAACCCCCCACAGUCAGCAGGCCACAGUCAUCUGUGCCCCCUGCUCCACCUCUGACCCCAACCAUGCCCUCUUUGACUGCAGUCUAUUUCCCAGGGGUCCUGCCUGACUCCUCCCCGUGCAUGCACUAUUAUCAUCAAGGUUUAUUUAAGUCACAUUUACAUGGUUUGCAAAUAAACAGAGUGGGUGGAUGCCAUCAUCUUUCCAACAAGCCAGUGCAAGAGACAAAUAUUUUUGCUCUAAAGGCUCUGCUGGGAACAUUCUGCUUUAGUUUAUUUUUAGCCUCCAGAGCAGACUACCCAGACAGUUCAGGGAAGCACACAAACCCAUCCGGAUCAGCCCUGGUGGAGCAUGCCAAAUGGUACAGCCUCCAGCAUGGCAGACUCCUGUGUGGUGACCUCAUCUGCAGCAGGGUGUCUCACCCACCCUCCACUAGAAGAGCUCUCUGACUCUAGGAUACCCUUCUGCUAGGGUAAGCAGGCAGCAGGGCGAGCUGGCUGGGGCUUACAGAAUCAGCCACUUCUGCUGUGCCAUCAAAGUGCAGCCCAAUUUGUCCGACUUUGUGACAUCACUUCAUGGGGUUUGGCCCUCACUCAACUGUGUUGUUCGGAGCCUCAACCCCAGACGACUCCUCACCCAUGCCUUUAAGUAGAUGCCUUUCAGCUCCUUCAUUCACUUCAUCUCCAUUAAAAAAAAAAAAAAAUACACAGGGACCCCCCAAUUUCAAGGCUGAGAGGCAACAAAUAAGAGUCAGAUUUUAGCUUAAACAGCCUUAAGGGAAACCUGAUCCUAGAUACCAACUCUCCCUGAACAUCUCUGGCCCAGCUUCUGCUCUGGGAUAUUUGAUUAUAAAAUUACAUCAUUUUGGAAACAGAGAGAGAAAUAAUCUCUCUCUCCCUCUCUCACACACAAAACUAGAGCUAGAGGAAAACAUAACUGGGGGUACAAGCACUUACUGGCUGGCAGAGAGGAAAAUAUAGCUAGUUGUGACAUGGCUACCUUUGGGCUACAGCUGUUUUGCUCUGCCAUAGUUAAAAGACCCAGAAAGGCAUCCCGGAAAAAUGCUUCCUGUGGGGGCCCUCAACCCUGUCAGGACCAGAGAGUCAAAAGAAAGGGCCGUGUCUGCAUAUAGGAACUCUACUACGGGCCCAAACCAUUAAAUCCAAACAUGCCCAAACUUUGGGGAAGUUCAACUUUAUAGCCCUGAGCCAUCUCUUUAAUGGACUGAACCCACCAGCCCAGAACUCCAGCUCCUGAUGACUUGGCCCCAUCUCUAUCCACUACAUACAGUCAAACGAGCAAAGCUCAGGAAGCUACCUUGUAUGAGAGCCAUCCUCUUGGCCAAUACCAGGGAUCGAACCAGCACUUCCAGAACUGAAAGUGAGAGCGUCUGUAGCUUGAGCUGCUGAAUACCCCAUCCUCUAUGGGUCUGUGUGACACAUGCUAACCAGUAGGUUCCAUCUGCACAGCCAACAACAAAGCAGUGUCUGAUGCACGUUCAGUACACCCUGGUAAGGCCCACCUGGGCUCAGGUUCCUACAGCUAGCUCUGCCACUGUGGAGAAUAGCCUCUGCCUUGCAGACAGUUCUUCAUGUGCAUGCAUCUGGAUUUCAGCAUCGGCCUCUUCUGCACAGUUCAUGCUCAAGAAAAAUUUUUAAAAUAAAACUUUUUUUUUUUCAAA